UUAUUAUUUUAGCAUACAUGUUUUGAACUUUAAGAUAAAGUUAAAACAAUGCUGAAUGUAUAGGUAAAGUCAGCGCAAGAGCUUGAACAGUGAAGUUAAUGGAGGAUCCAUAAAAAAACUGAGACUCAACCAAUUUCCGAUCCCUUCACUUCCAAUGAAGAAGAAGCACACCAUCAGCUUCUUCAGCCACUGCAAUAUCCCUAAACCCUUUUCAGCUCUCAAUUCAAUUUCAUCAUUCCCUCUAUUCUUCCUCCUCUCUCUGUUUCUCCAACCCAUUUCUUCUUCUUCUUUGAUUAACUCUCCCCCUCCGCUUCCCAUUCUUCCCAUCCCCUCCGCUUCUCAGAUCCAAUGGCAACUCGGAAACAUGGCUCUCUUCCUUCACUUUGGCCCCAACACCUUCACCGAUUCCGAAUGGGGAACUGGCCACGCUGACCCAUUUAUCUUCAACCCCACCAAUCUCGAUGCUGCUCAAUGGGUCCGAGUCGCCAAGGAUGCUGGGUUUUCCCAUCUCAUUCUCACUGCCAAGCACCACGAUGGGUUCUGCUUGUGGCCGUCGGAGUAUACAAAGUACUCGGUAAGCUCCAGCCCGUGGAGAAAUGGCAAAGGGGAUGUGGUAGGGGAACUCGCCAAGGCUGCCAAAGAAGCUGGACUUGGAUUGGGCCUCUAUCUGUCCCCUUGGGAUCGUCACGAGUCCUGUUAUGGCAAAACUCUGGAAUAUAAUGAGUUCUAUGCUGGGCAAAUGACUGAAUUACUUACAAGGUAUGGAGAGAUCAGUGAAGUGUGGUUGGAUGGGGCAAAAGGGGAGGGCGAGAAGGACAUGGAUUAUUUCUUUGAUUCUUGGUUUAGUUUAAUUCAUCAGCUCCAACCGGGGGCUAUCAUUUUCUCCGACGCCGGUCCUGAUUGCCGGUGGAUUGGUGACGAAGCUGGUGUUGCCAAGCCUACUUGUUGGUCGCUUUUUAACUCCAGCGAUGUAGAUAUUGGUGGCACUGAUUCUCAAUACUCUGGGGAAGGUGACCCAUUUGGAAUGAACUGGGUUCCAGCUGAGUGUGAUGUCUCAAUAAGGCCUGGUUGGUUCUGGCAUCCAUCAGAAGUUCCAAAGUCUGCGACAACUCUUCUCGACAUAUAUUACAAAUCAGCUGGCAGAAACUGCCUCUUGUUGCUAAACGUACCACCGAAUUCCUCUGGUUUAAUAUCAGCUGAAGAUGUACAAGUGCUUCAAGAAUUCACUAAGAUUCGAGACUCCAUUUUCUCCCACAAUUUCGCACAAAAUGCUCUUAUCGAUGCUAGCAGUACCCGAGGAGAUGGCGAAGAUGUCCGCUUUGCCCCCUCCAAUGUCCUCAAAGAAGGUAUUUACACUUACUGGGCUCCUGCUGAGAAUCAACCCACAUGGGCUCUGUACUUAAACCUUCAAGAUUUCAUAUCUUUCAAUGUGCUGCUUAUUCAAGAACCAAUUCACAUGGGACAGAGGAUUAUUGAAUUUCACUUUGAUAUUCUGAAUGAUGAGGGUGUUUGGAAUACAGUGGUGAGAGGCUCCACUGUGGGCUACCGAAGAAUACUAAGAUUUCCAACUGUAGUAUCUCAGUUUUUGAGACUUGUUAUUGAGAAGUCAAGGGCUGAUCCCCUCGUUUCUUAUUUGGCGAUACAUGUGGAUAACUUCUCUCACUUGGGUAGUCAUUUGGAUAAGAGAUUGGGAGCGGCCAUCAAUGGCAGUGAAAUUCAUCGUCAGAUUACCCUAAACAAUUCUCAAAUUUCUGCUGUAUAAUAUUCUCAUUGUCAUUCUAGCUCAUAUUUGUAAUGAUUUCUUUUCAAAAUGUUAUGGAACUUCGUUUUCAUUUCAUU